GCUACAGCUGACGAUACAGUUGCUUCUGGUGUCUCUGUACCUGUGCCCGCUGUUUGUGUCUGAUUGUCAUUUGCAUCUAUCGAACGCGAGUAUUACUGAUCAAAAUGCGGUUCUGGAGCGUUGUGAUGCUGUUAGUGGCCGCCGUACUACUCCUGGGCGGGGAAAGUGUCUCCGCAAGACGGUCUGCUGAUGGUGCUUGUGCCUGUCCGCGCAUAUACGACCCGGUCUGUGGAACCGACCUCAGCACGUACUCCAAUCGUUGCCUGCUGAACUGCAAAGCCGAGGAAUUGGCGGCUCGGUCGAUUGAGCUGCGAAUUUUGCGCCACGGAGCCUGUGACGAACCGAUCGAAGAGCCGAUCGAGGAACAGCCGGAGGAAUAAUGAGCUACGGUCAUGGCCUUUGAAGUAAACAAAAAAGCAUAAAAAAAGUGUUAUCAUUAAGUGAUAAAAUCUACCUUUUAUCAAUCGAUAAAGGUCCAAAUGUAAAUGAUUCAUUUCACAGAAUAAAAGCGCUGUUUGUAAGAUGCAUUGUUUCGCUGUGAAGCAGAUUU